AGCUACAAUGGCUGAAACUAUGGACCCGCUGGCUCCGAGUGUCAACUCGUCUUCCCGACCCUCGGGUCUGAUGAAUAAGCUGCGAUUGAGGUUCGGCAGAUUGCCGGCUGGGAGAGCUCCAGGAGAAGGAUAUGUGGAAUUCGGAGAGUUCCGCGCAGAACGAACUGCUAUCAAGAAAGUGGGCACCUUCGCUGGUGUCUUCUGUCCCGUCGUGCUGUCCAUGUUCAGUGCUCUCAUUUUUAUUCGAAUGGGUUACCUAGUGGGCAAUGCAGGUCUAUUAGUGACUCUAGCACAAUUCGGAAUGGCCUAUUUAAUAGUGCUCUUUACUGUGAUGUCAAUUUGUGCUAUCUCCACCAAUGGUGCUGUUGAAGGCGGAGGAGUUUACU